CCAAACAGUGACAUUUCCUUAUUGCGCCGGCCUGACUUCGGUGUCCGAGGGCUUGCACCAGCUGUUCAUUCGCGCGGUCCGUAGACAAGUUCACGUAAACAUUAAAGAUGUGCAAUAUUGAUAGGGUUGAAUAGAGUUUGGCAUGUAUUUCGCAGAUGCAUGAUGAUGAAAGUCAAGAUGUUAGUCGAUCUGGGGCCGGGAUGGCAGCUAGCCGCGCGAUGAGGAGCGCCACAGGGAAAGUCUCCGCAUCUCCGCCCACCACGUCAUUUUUAGAUUUGCAGACAGAAUUGCGCGUACUCGAAUGCGCAGCACCCGCGAUCGUCCAACACGCCCAGAAUACCGAGGGUACCGAAACAGACGCCCGGCACUUCCGACCAGCCUCACGCGCAGCCCACCAUGGCGCUUCCAGCACCAACCAUCGAUCUCCUCCUCAACCUCAUCGACACGCGCCCGCAGUCCAUCCUCUCCUCGCUCGAGCAGCAUCCACACCUAGCCUCUGCCCGCGAUGCCCACGGCUACUCGCUAGUCCAUGCCGCAGCCUCCUACAACCAACUUGCCGUGCUGCGCGACCUGGUCCAAAAAUACAAUGCCGACGUCAACAUCACCGACGAAGACGGUGAAACACCCCUCUUCGCGACCGAAAAGACCGAAGUAGCAAAAUGCCUUGUUGAGGAACUAGGCGCAGACACAAAGAUACAAAACCAAGAGGGCCAGACAGCAGAGGAAAAGAUUGGCGAAGAGGAGGGCGAGACACAUGAAGUUUACCAGUACCUCAAGAGUCUACGCACCGGCGACGAACCAGCUGCACCGGGCGUCAUAGAGACUGAGGGUGUUCACCCGCCGCCUCCCCUGCCCGAUGGUGUCAAGGUCAAUGUGGGCACCAUGGAAGAAGAUGCUGUCGAUGCGCCGGAUCCCGAGAUACGGAGGCGCAUUGAGGAGCUUGCAGCACGAGAAGACUACGAUUCUGAGGAGGUGCAGGCGCAGUUGAGGGAGUUAGUGCAGGAUGUUGUUGGGGGCAUGGGUGCUGAUGGUGACAGAAGUGUUAGGCGGAGGGUGGAUUGAAGAAGACAGAAAAAAUGCGCAGUGGGGAUGUAUAUGGCCGACUCGUCACAGCGCACCAGACGACCAGACGUGACCCGCGCAACACCAUACAUAAAAACGUCGAAUACGAGAUAGGACCCUCCGAACCGAUUCUCGUUCGACUUGUCCUGAAUACAGUUCAGCACACGCUGUGUGCACAGCCUCUCGGGAUGGUGUGCCUGAAGUUACCAUGUUCAUCUACAACUGGCAUAAC